AUGCCAACCACAUUGCCAUUUAUAGGUCCCUCAGAACCCAAGCUUUUGUGUACUUUAACCACACGGCAACAGUCAAGGACGAUCUAUCUGGCCUCCACUGGAAAAAUACCAGAUGGCUGCUGUGUCGCCUCACUGCAAACUGUCAACAUAAUCAGGAAGUACCUGUCUGUCCUGGAGGUGCCUAUCAGCUGGCUCUGUCCCUCUGACUUCUCCUUCCUCAUUGGCUCAAAGGAGUACAAGCAAGCAAAGAGGGCCAUGUUGUGUCACCACAGCCAGCUCCUGUGGUUCCGACACCUCUACCUGCUGCUCUCCCGCUACAUGUUUAUCAACACAUUCCAGGUCAUCACUCAGGACAAAAAGGACCUGAAAAUAUUCUAGUUUCUCGCCCAACUG